UGUUCUGCUGCUGCGGCGGCGGGUUUGACAGGAGAGAUCGGAUGUAGUUCCGGCUGGCGUAGUGAUCGCUGCGGCCCCAGGUCGGGAAUUAGUAUUGGAGCAGACCGGUUAGUCUGUGAGGAGCUGACGCGGGUAUCCGGCGCCUGAAGCUCCAUAGAGAUUCGGGGUGAGGGGUAUCGACAUGGUGUCGGGCUCUGUGCGGGAUCCCGGCUGAAAGCCAACCUAAACCUUACCGGAAACCAUGAAGAGACUGCGGGGAAGCCAAGAGAAACCCGCAGCGGGCAAUGGGGAUGAAGCGCGGGCAGCACAGUCAUUCCGCAGGAGAACAGCGGGACCGGAGGACCGGGCAGGCGGCAAGGAACAGGACACCGUUCCUCCUCCGGCUCCGCUGAUCUUUAGGAAGCUGAGCAAUCCAGACCUGUUCUCCUCUACAGGAAAGGUUAAAUUGCAUCGGCAACUGAGCCAGGAUGACUGCAAGCUUCGGAGGGGAAGUUUAGCGAGCUCGCUUACAGGUAAGCAGCUGCUCCCCCUUUCUAACAGCGUGCACAGCGGGGUCAGUCAGCUAACAUGGCAGCCCCCUGCGGAGUCUUCCAACUUGGUCCGAAUGCGAAACCAGUGUCUUGGCCAGUCCGCGCCGUCUCUCACCGCAAGCUUCAAAGAACUGAGUCUCCCGCGAAGAGGAAGCUUCUGCCGCACCAGCAAUCGGAAGAGUUUGGUUCUGGCUUCCAGCACAUCUCCGACCUUACCUCGACCUCACUCGCCCCUCCAUGGACACACAGGUAACAGCCCGCUGGACAGCCCCCGCAACUUCUCCCCCAAUGCCGCUGCUCACUUUUCCUUUGUUCCUGCGCGGAGCCAUGGACACAGAGCCGACAGGACUGAUGGACGCCGCUGGUCCUUGGCAUCCUUGCCUUCUUCGGGAUAUGGAACCAACACUCCCAGUUCAACGGUUUCAUCAUCAUGCUCAUCUCAGGAGAAGCUGCACCAACUUCCCUAUCAACCAACGCCGGACGAGCUUCACUUCCUGACCAAACAUUUCAGCACCGAGAGCAUCACUGACGAGGACGGACGCCAAUCACCAGUCAUGAGACCUCGAUCCAGAAGCCUCAGCCCCGGCCGCUCUCCCAUCAGUUAUGAUGGAGAGAUUGUUUUGGUAAACCACAUCUAUAAAGAGAGAUUUCCAAAGGCAACUGCCCAAAUGGAGGAAAGACUGGCCGAGCUUAUCACCGAUAACGCACCAGAGAACCCCUUAGCAGAUGGCGUCCUUAAUUUUGUCCAUCACCAAGUUGUUGAGCUGGCUCGGGACUGCCUUAGUAAAUCUCAGGACGGACUCAUCACGUCGCGAUAUUUUUACGAGCUCCAAGAGAAGCUGACAAAACUUCUGCGAGAUGCCCACGAGAGGUCAGAAAGUUCCGAGGUUGCUUUCGUAACCCAGCUGGUCAAAAAGCUGCUAAUUAUUAUUGCAAGACCGGCUCGUCUUCUGGAUUGUCUGGAGUUUGACCCGGAAGAGUUUUAUCAUCUGUUAGAAGCAGCAGAAGGCCAUGCUAAGGAAGGGGAAGGAAUUAAAACGGACAUCCCGCAAUAUAUUAUCAGUCAGCUGGGUCUCACCAAAGACCCCUUGGCAGAAAUGACCCAGCUGAACAGCUAUGAAAGUAGCAAUGCCCAUACUCCUGAGGCAGAUGAUCCACUAGAGGGCCGCAGCGGUGCUACCAUACAAAAGAAGACCCCGUCAGAAGAAGAGUUUGAAAACAUCAAGUUGAUCAGUAACGGGGCAUACGGGGCUGUGUAUUUGGUGCGCCACAAGCGGACCAAACAGAGGUUCGCCAUGAAGAAAAUCAACAAGCAAAACUUAAUGCUCCGUAAUCAGAUCCAGCAAGCCUUUGUAGAGAGAGACAUUCUCACGUUUGCAGAAAAUCCUUUCGUCGUUAGCAUGUUUUGUUCCUUUGAGACCAAACGACACCUCUGCAUGGUGAUGGAAUACGUUGAAGGUGGUGAUUGUGCGACUCUGUUGAAGAACAUCGGGGCUCUCCCUGUAGAAAUGGCCAGACUGUACUUUGCAGAAACCGUGCUGGCUUUAGAGUAUCUACACAAUUACGGCAUAGUGCACCGCGAUCUAAAGCCUGACAACCUCCUCAUCACGUCAAUGGGUCACAUCAAAUUGACUGAUUUUGGUCUCUCUAAAAUUGGUCUGAUGAGUCUAACGACAAACCUCUACGAAGGUCAUAUUGAAAAGGAUGCAAGAGAGUUCCUUGACAAACAGGUGUGUGGUACACCUGAAUAUAUUGCGCCGGAGGUCAUACUCACGCAGGGCUAUGGAAAACCUGUGGAUUGGUGGGCCAUGGGCGUCAUUCUUUAUGAAUUUCUAGUUGGCUGCGUGCCGUUCUUCGGAGAUACCCCAGAAGAGUUGUUUGGGCAAGUCAUCAGUGAUGAGAUCGCUUGGCCAGAAGGUGAUGACGCUCUGCCCUCUGAUGCCCAGGAUGUCAUAUGUCAACUUUUGCGUCGGAAUCCCCUUGAAAGAAUGGGGACAGGAGGAGCAUAUGAGGUGAAACAACAUAUAUUCUUCAAAGGUUUGGACUGGACUGGAUUGCUUCGACAGAAAGCUGAAUUCAUACCGCAGCUGGAAUCCGAGGAUGACACAAGCUAUUUUGACACCCGGUCGGAGAGGUACCAUCAUCUAGAUUCCGAAGAUGAUGAUGAUACCAAUGAUGAUGAUCCAGUUGAAAUUAGGCAAUUUUCUUCCUGUUCACCUAGAUACUGCAAGGCAUAUCGCAGCAUGGAAAAGCUGUCCAUCCAUGAUGACAAAACACCGCCUCCCGCUAAACGCAGCCUAAGUGAAGAGAAGGAAGACAGACUGGACAUCUUAAGUGGCCUAAAGACCAGGAACUGGGAAAUUGGAUCCCCAGAGAUACUGCGGAAACGUCUAUCUGCUUCCGAGUCCUCGCACACGGAGAGUGAUUCUAGCCCCCCGCUAACAGCCCGGAGGCUCUGUCCGCAAGGAAAAGAUGUCCCUCGUUUUGCCAUCAGCACCGAGGAGGAUUCGCAGUCCCAUAAGAAGUUAUCUGGUUCACUGGAGGAAUCCGCAUCGACCCCGGCAUCCGUUCCUCGAGAAGAGAUUGCAAGCCUCCCGGUUGUGCCGCCGCCUGUGGGCCGCGAAGUGAAGACUGAGGAAGAGACGGCUCUGUCCACACCGUCGUCCACCAUCAGCAGCAUAAGCAGCUCCACGACACUCACUGCUGGUAGUACAGCGGACUUCUCUGAUCAGAGCACACAUAACGUGAGCACAGAAGGCACGGACUUCACCACUCCGAAAGCCAUCAGCGAUUUGGCAGUGAGGAGAGCCCGGCACAGGCUUCUCUCCGGGGACGCUGGAGAGAAACGCGCUUCCAGACCCAUUAACAAAGUCAUCAAAUCGGCCUCUGCCACUGCUUUGUCCCUAAUGAUUCCCUCUGACCACCACACUUGUUCUCCUUUGGCCAGUCCAAUGUCCCCUCAUUCCCUAUCCUCCAACCCAUCCUCAAGAGACUCCUCACCAAGCAGGGAUUUCUCCCCGGCUGUAUCCCACCUCAAACCCCCGGUCGUCAUACACCGUGCUGGGAAGAAGUAUGGCUUCACUCUGCGAGCCAUCCGUGUUUACAUGGGAGAGACUGAUGUCUACACGGUCCAUCACAUGGUGUGGCAUGUGGAAGAAGGUGGCCCAGCUCAAGAAGCUGGCCUGCGGGAAGGUGAUCUGAUCACGCAUGUGAACGGGGAGCCGGUGCACGGACUGGUCCAUACAGAAGUUGUGGAGCUCAUUUUGAAGAGCGGAAACAAAGUGUCCAUAUCCACCACACCGUUUGAAAACACUUCCAUCAAGGUUGGACCGGCAAGGAAACAGAGCUACAAGUCUAAAAUGGCUCGAAGGAUCAAAAAAAGUAGAAGCAAGGAUGGCCAGGAAAGUAAGAAAAAGUCUUCCUUGUUCAGGAAGAUUACGAAGCAAGCGUCAUUACUUCACACGAGCCGCAGCCUGUCUUCUCUCAACCGCUCGCUUUCCUCUGGAGAGAGCAUGCCGGGAUCUCCGACGCACGGGCUGUCCCCUCGCUCCCCUACACAGAGUUACAGAUCUACGCCAGAAUCCACACAUUCAGUUGGUGGAAAUUCCUCUCAGAGCAGUUCUCCAAGCUCCAGCGUCCCCAAUUCCCCUGCCAGUUCUGGACAUAUACGACCAAGUUCUCUCCAUGGUUUGGCUCCCAAGCUUCAAAGGCAAUACAGGUCUCCACGAAGAAAGUCCGCAGGGAAUAUACCACUUUCUCCUUUGGCACAUACCCCGUCACCCACAUCCCAGUCCACGUCUCCGCCGCGUUCUCCAUCACCUCUACCGGGGCACACGCUUGGAAAUUGUAGCCUUCUUCAAUCUUUUACUGGCAAACUUCAUUCUUCCCCACCUAUGGUCAGACAGAUUUCACGGCCAAAGAGCGCUGAGCCCCCUAGAUCUCCUUUGCUAAAACGGGUUCAGUCCGCAGAGAAGCUAUCAGGGUCGCUCUCUUCUGAGAAAAAGCUUGCUUCGUCGCGCAAGCACAGCCUGGACAUCUCUCACUCAGAAUUCAAGAAAGAUAUAAUGCAGCGAGACCUAAGCUUGCAGUGUCUGCCUGAGUUUUUGAUUGAGAAUGCAGGAGGGAAAGUGGGACUUGCGGAAAAGGGAACAUUGCAGAAGCCCUCCUCGAGGAAACUUGGGGCCAUUCGCCAGGACCGAGUGGAGAGAAGGGAGUCUCUGCAAAAGCAAGAAGCUAUUCGAGAGGUGGAUUCUUCCGAGGAUGAAACGGAUGAAGGGUCCGAGGACAGCCAAGAUGGGAGAAGAUUAGACAGGUCGUCUUUUAGAAAUGAUCAGGAUUCAGGUUCUGGGUUUAGUGAUGAAAAGGACUCAUGUCAAAUACAUAGCAAGAGGAGUACAGAGAAUGAUUCGUUCCUGGCCCUGGAUGCCAAGGGAAAAAGCGAAUGGAAUACGCUGUUGCAGGUUUCGGACACUAGUCAAAAGGUACCAAUUGCUGGUCCUUUGUCAUCCUGUAAAUCUAGAACCCUUCCAGAAAUGUGCCUGCAGUCUGCGCUUCAAAGCAAAGCCCUAAAGCACAAAGUAAGUUUGAGGAGUGAAGAGUCCAACACCCUGUUAGAAGGCAAACUGAAUCUGGGUACUGCUCCGGAAAACAGGUGUAACGAUGGAAAUCCAAAAACUUUACUGAUGCUUAAAGGAGAUGACCUUUGUUUAGAUGCCAACAUAUUUCUACCAGCUGUAGGUAACCAGACAGAUACAAUUCAGAAUUUGGGGGUGCCUAAUUGUAUUGAGAAUGACUCUAAAUUGUCAGCACUUUCUCUCGCUGCCUCUCCAUGCAUGAUGGCUGCCCCAAGAUCUAAUGCAGUGAAUUGCCCCGAGUCAAAUAUCCGCUCACCUGUAAUUCCUGCAUCAGAUGCAAAUGGGCAAUAUGAGCCCGGUGUAAAGGAGCACAGACGGCUGAGACCCCCCGAAACGCAAUGCACUUUGAACAACAAAGGCCAUUCGGACUUAAAAGAACUAUCCUGCUGCAGUCCCGCCGGGAGCGCCCCCUACGAUGAAACGCCAUCUGCACAUCCCAUCGCCACCGUGGCCAAAAGUAUCUUGGGACCAGUGAAGCUUAGCAAACCGGGAUCAAGGGAUUUAGAUGAUCUGCAAAAUGAAAAAAAACCAAAACAAAAGAAACCUGAGAUUUCCCGCUCCGAAUCAGUACAGGAAGGUUUGAGAACGGUUUCUGCGGCUGGGGGUUUCAGGACGUGUGCGUCUCUGACCGACUGCACCGUGUCUGCGGUAUCCCAGCAGCAGAACCGGACUUCCAUUCACAAAAGCACCGAGCCCUCAGACCGUACUAUCGCUACAGAGAGAUGCACUGCGAGGUCUCCUUCGUUUACUGAGGUCGGCCAGAAACUGCGGGGAGACGAAACGGAAACACAAGGGAAAAGCCGAGAGACUGGAAGCCGUACGCAGUCCCCGGACAUCGCGGCGUUACAUGCAGAUACACUGAAGAAAACAUAGCAUAGUUCUUAUUGCUGAUAUACUGUGUUGGCGUUUGAUCUAUGACUGCAUGUAUAUAUCUGUGUAUAGCUUUUUAUAUAUAUAUAUACACUUUUCCAGUU